GACUCUCCGAUAUGUUCCUGAGAGCGCUCAAGACAAAAUUAUCUCUGAUGAAGAUGUCUUUCAAACAAUACUGAAAGUAUUUAAAGCUCUGUUUAUAAAUGACUUCAGUAGACAAGCACGUAUUUUGGCCUUACUUCCAGAAAUCAGAUGUAAAUACCUGGAAUUACUGACUGUUGAAGAGAAGCAAUCAAAAGUAAAUUCAUGUAACCAUCAGAGUCAGCACGUGUUUAGUCCAGAGGAAGUUCUUUUUAAUACACUAGGGUUCACUAUCAGUCGAGACCAAAGUUCUUUGGUGUCUGCUGGAACUGGAGUCUUUGUUACCAAAGGCUUUGUACCGAAAGGGACAGUUGUAUCUCUGUAUCCUGGUACAGUAUACAGAAAGCAUGAACCCAUCUUUUUCCAGUCCCUUGGCAAUCCCUUUAUUUUUAGGUGCAUAGAUGGUGUCCUGAUUGAUGGGAAUGAUAAAGGACUGUCAAGAUUGGUAUACAGGUCUUGCAGCAGGAGAGAUCAGCUCGGCCCGUUUCGGAUGAGCGAUGAGAGCUGGCUCACUGCUGCCCUGCAGAACCCACUGGCGGUGGGACAGUAUGUGAACAACUGCUCACAUGAAAAAGCAGCCAACGUGUGCUACCAGGAGUUUGAUGUGCCAGGAUGCUUCCCAGUAGAACUGAAACAAUAUCUUCCGAACAUCGUCUACAGCCAUGACAUAGAGAGCCACCCGCGGUGUGUGGUGCUUAUCACUCUCAGAGACAUCAAUCAAGGGGAGGAGCUUUUUUCUAAUUACUACACUGUUGUCAGCUGA